AUGCGCACCACCAUUGCUGUCGCUGCCGGCCUUGUUGCCGUUGCAUCUGCCCGAACCACCACCAUCACCGACACUGUCGAUGUGACCAUCACCUCAUGCGAGCCCACUGUCACCAACUGCCCUUAUAAGGGCGGCUCUGACCCUACCUGGGGCGAUUGGAGUGCCACUGUCUCGACCACCUCCAGCGUUCCGGUCAAGCCCACGGGCACUGCCAGCGGGUCCUGGGACCCUACCUGGGCCGACUGGUCCAGCAGCACGAGCAGCAAGCCCGUCGACCCAACUGGCACCUGGUCCGAUUGGGUUGGUACUACGACCACCUCAAUUCCUGUGUCGGCAACCACCGCUCCUUGCGGCAAAUACAUGGCCACCACUCCUCCGGCUUGGUUCUCUCUCCUCCCAAGUGACAAGCUCAGCUCUAUCCAAGCCCAAUGGACCGGUGCUCCUCCUUCUGACUGGUGCUACUGGACUUACAGCACUGGCUCUCUCCAGACAACUGCCACUCCAGUUUCGGCCACGAGCUCUGCUACCUGGGGCACCUGGGAGGCUGCUUCCUCGGUGGCAGCGUCUUCGACCUGGUCCUCCCCUGUUGCCGCCGCGACUGGCACUGGUGCUUGGUCUUCUCCUGUGGCUGCUGCUUCGACUGGCGUCUGGUCCUACUCUGGGUAA